UACAACAGCGCAGCGACAGAAAGCCGAUUUAAGUUAAGUGUCAAAGAACUAUUUUCAGCGACGGGAAUUCUCAUUCACACUCCGUGAUGAUAUCUAUGUGCGGUAUCAGUCUUUCAACACGCCACAGGAAUUGGAAAAAGAAAUCCAAAAAUUGUGUCCUAUAAAUUGACAUUGGAGCCGUGUAUUCACACAAGCCUAUCCAGCAUAAUACCGUCCACAUGGGUGCUUUUCAAGCUCAGGAAAAGGAAUUGGUGUUUGAUAUAGACCUGACAGAUUAUGAUGAUGUUAGGCAAUGCUGCAGCUCCGCAGAGAUUUGCUCCAAAUGCUGGACUCUCAUGACCAUUGCCAUCCACAUUAUAGACCGAGCCCUUGUAGAGGACUUUGGCAUUCAGCAUAGACUGUGGGUGUAUUCAGGACGCAGAGGGGUCCAUUGCUGGGUGUGUGACGAGUCUGUCAGGAAGUGGUCUUCGACUCUCCGCUCUGCCGCAGUGGAAUAUCUCUCCCUAGUCAAGGGAGGUGAAGGAACCAUCAAGAAAGUAACCCUCUCAGAUACCCACAUUCAUCCUUUUAUCAGAGCAUCAUUGGAUAUAGUGGCACGUUACUUCAAAGAAUAUGCCCUCGUUGGUCAGGACAUACUUGGAAAUAAAGAAAAAUGGGAAAAAGUGUUAGCUUUGGUUCCAGAAACAGAUCAAGAUUCUCUUCGUUCGGAAUUCCGUAAAAAGCACAAUUCAGAGCAGCGCUGGGAAGUUCUGGAAAAAAAGAAAAUGGUACACGCUGAAAGGGAGAUUAUGCUGCAAUACUGUUUUCCCCGCCUGGAUAUGAACGUUAGCAAAGGCAUCAACCAUUUGCUGAAGAGCCCUUUCAGCGUUCACCCAAAGACAGGACGCAUUUCAGUUCCAAUUGACCUGAAGAAGUUGGAUGACUUUGAUCCAUUUGCUGUCCCCACUAUAAGCCACCUCUGUCAUGAGCUGGACAUGAUUGGGAGAGAUAAAGGAAAUGGAAAGGAAACUGAUGGUCUCCAGGAAAGCUCUCAUAAAAGUCGAGAUUAUAAGAAAACCAGUCUAGCUCCAUAUGUGAAAGUCUUUGAACAGUUUUUAGAAGAAAUGGAGAAAUCUUACAAAGGACAACGUUUGAAAGAGAGUGACAUGCAGAUGGAUUUCUGAAGUUUUGAAGACACAGUGCAUUGCCACAGGGCAGCUUUAUGUGGCCAGAUAAAUUGUAUUCAAAUACAGUAGAACUCUUGACUGUUUUGCUAGGUUUGUGCACAAAUCAGCCAUUUACAGACAAGGUCAAAAUAGGCUUUUCUUUGCUGAAGAAGAGGCGAUAAAAGCGUUAAUAGCCAUUCAGCCAACAGCUGAGCACCACAUAAAAUAAAUAUUUGGUUUUGCAUAACAUGGGAGUAUAAUCAGUGGGAUACACAUUUGAAACAAUAGGGGUUUAUAUUGCAGAACACAGUAUGUAACAUUUACAUUUAUGCUUUAUGCAACAUGACAUCAUGCAGUUUUGACUGGUGACUAUGGUUUUUAAGAAUUUUGGGUAAUCCUCCACUUACAAUGGCAAUUGGAACCGGUAUUUUUAUUGCUAAGUGAUGUAGUUACGAAGUGGAAGUGCGUUCGUAUUGGUUAGCAACAGCAAUCCCUGCAUUCCCAGUUACCAUUGUUAACUAAAUCCCAAGGGCAUUAGGUGAGGAAACCUCUUGUCCCCUUCCCACAGCAAAAGUCAUUAGAAAGGCCAGAAGGAAGCUGCAAGUCCCAGGCAGAUAGGUAAGUGGCUGCUGCUGAGGACGGGAGCAGGAGGUCUGAGUAUAGUAUAUCAGUUGAGGAGGUGCAAAAGAGUGUGUAUCUUGUUGGAUGUGAGGGAGGCAUAGGGAAAAUUGGAGAGGAUACGCAGAUGUGCAUAAGCAGCCAGCACAAGCACAGAGGGGCUAAGAGAGUGCACAGGUAGGAGAGCCCCAAAGGUGCUAUUUUUUCAGAAGGCGAGUGGACUUUGUUUUUUCUUUUGAAGUUAUUUCGCUUUUUAUCCAAGAA